CCAAUUGUACCGGUGAGCCCUCUAUUGGCUGAAACGGCAAACGGUCCUAUCCAACACGAGCUAACGUUGUGAAGCGCCGCCCGAUGCCGCUACAGUCAGUUAAAGAAACCUCUGUGAGGCACCGGCGAUUGAUUGUUAGAGUAAUGGUGGCGAUCAUGCUAGCGUUUUAAUUGUCAAUUGCCUCAGCUGUGGCCUGCCUGUAUUUUGUUUCAGUAAUCAAGCGUGCACAUCGAGCUCUCACGACACAGCAGUUUUAGAUAUAACGAAGGCAAAAAGAACCAAUAUCAAGCAACCAUAGCCGUAACAUGGGCCACCCAUUGAACCUUGGUGAUGAUUUUCCCAACUUCAAGUGCGUUACUACAGAAGGGGAGUUUAUGUUUCACGACUGGCUGGACGGAAAAUGGGCGAUUCUCUUCUCGCACCCGGCCGACUACACUCCUGUUUGCACGACUGAACUAGCCCGCGCCGCUCAGCUGCAUCCCACGUUUACUUCAAAGGGAGUAAAGCUGAUUGCGCUCUCGUGCGAUUCUGUUGAAAAUCAUCGCGGAUGGAUUAAGGACAUUGAGGCGUUUGGCGAGCUGCCAGAAGGUCCGUUUCCGUAUCCGAUCAUUGCUGAUGAGAAACGUGAGAUCGCAACCCUUCUUGGAAUGCUGGAUCCUGAGGAAAAAGACAAGGAGGGCAUACCUUUGACGUGCAGAGCUGUCUUCAUGAUCGGCAAGGACCGCCGGAUGAAGCUUUCGAUGCUUUACCCAGCAACCACUGGGCGUAACUUCGAUGAAAUCCUUCGAGCUGUGGAAUCGUUGAUCGUCACAGAAACGCGGCGAGUCGCAACUCCAGCUAACUGGAAGAAAGGGACCCCGUGCAUGGUUCCAGCCACUGUAACAGAUGACGAAAUAGCAAAAUUGUUUCCCAGCGGAGUCCGCAUUAUCGAUGUUCCGUCAGGAAAGAAUUAUAUGCGAAUAACUAUGGAUUAAACACUGAAUGGCUUUUUCAUGGAACUACGGUGUACCACUAUAAGCUACGAAUUCAUAUUGGAAACAGUUACCAGCCAGUGUACGUGAUACAGCUUAUGAUAUUUCACUACGAGCGUACAUAGAUAAAACGUUUUUUCAAUAAAAAUUCAGCGUCUACUGCA